AUGACUAAGGCAGAUCCGACAACCCUCUUCAUGCAUGGAGCCUGGUAUAGCCCGAACCACUUCCAGCCCAUCAUGCUGCUGUUCGGACAUGCUGGCUACCCGACCGACGCGAAGGACAUCCAUGGUGAGCUGGAAAUGCUCGUGGAGCAGGUAGGCCAGGAAGUUGUCGUUGUAACGCACUCCUACGGUGGCAUGGUCGGUACUGAGACUAUACACGAGCGAGCUUCUGUGAAGGAUCAGAUCUCAACUGGAGUAUGA